AUGAAUAUGAAUUUGAAAAAUAUAAACUUAGAAGACGAAAAAAUAAAUAAAAGAGUGAGUAAUAAAAGAAUAGUGCAUAUAAAAAAUACAUAUAUAUCUCCAUAUGUUCUUUAUAAUAAAAAGGGGAAUAGUAAUAAUCAAUUGGAUAAAUUAAAUAAAAUAUUUACUAGUGAAAAUAAUUGUAGAUUUUCAAAAGAAUAUUAUAAUUAUGUUAAAGAUGGUGAUAUAUGUAAUAGUGGAGAAAAAUAUCCUGAAUGUUGUUCCCCAAAUGUUAAGCAAAACAAUAGCCCAAAUUAUGACCAAUGUAAUAAUGAAAAAAAAAUAUUAAAAUAUGGCUUGUUGAAUGAACAAAAUAUGAAAUUUUUAAAAAAAAAAAAAGAAGAAGAUUUUGAAUUAAAUACAAUAUCUACUAUGAUACAUAUUUAUUCUGAUUAUGAAAGUGAUAAAGACAAUGAAACGAUAACAAAUGAAUAUAAUGAUUUAAUAGAUUGUAUAAAAAAAAUAAAUAUUUCUAAUAAUAAAUGUGUUAUUAAUAAUGAUAAAAAAAUAGAGGAUACUUUAUUAAGUCCUUAUGAACAGUAUAGAAAAUGUAGUUAUCAGACAAUUGGGCAUAAAGAAAAUUAUAGUAACAAAAAUAAUGAAAAAAAUAGUGACAAAAAUAAUGAAAAAAAUAGUGACAAAAAUAAUGAAAAAAAUAGUGACAACAAUAGCGAUAAUAAUAAUGAUAACAAUAGCGACAAUAAUAAUAACAGAAAUAGCGAUAAUAAUAAUAGUGAUGAUAAUGGAGAAAAAUGUGUGCAAAGAUUAAAUAAUUUUAUAUCUAUUCCUUCAGUAUCAAACAAAAGUUGCAUAGAACAUGUACAUGUUCAGAAUGAUCAUAUGGAUACUGUGUAUUAUGAUAAUUUUAUUUGUAAUAAAGAAAAUCGUGAUAAUAAUGAAAAUGAUACUAUAUAUAAAUGUGAAGAAUCUAUACCACUUGGAACAAUAUUAAAUAUUCAUAAUUUAGAUAGUAAUAAUAAUAAUGGUCUAACAACAGUUAUGUUAAGAAAUAUACCAAAUAAAUAUACACAAAAUAUGUUAAUGGAUGUUAUGAAUGAGCAUUUUAAAGGUUUAUAUGAUUUUUUUUAUUUACCAAUUGAUUUUCGUAACAAAUGUAAUGUUGGUUAUGCAUUUAUUAAUUUUAUACAUCCUCAUUAUGCUGAACUAUUUAUUAAAUUUUUUAAUAAUUAUAAAUUAAAUGCAUUUAAAAGUAAUAAAAUAUGCACUGUUACAUGGGGAAGGGUACAAGGAUUAAAAGCUAAUAUUGAACAUUACAGAAAUUCUGCAAUUAUGACUAUAUCUGUGCCUCAAUAUAAGCCUAUACUUUUUCAAAAUGGAAUAUCUGUUUCAUGGCCUGAAUCGGAUGGUCCCUUACCAGCUAUAAAACUUCGAUCACAUAAAUAUUAG